CAUAUAGAAUAGACUCUAACCAAGCUGCAGUUAUGAACAUACGAUUGAUAGAUGGAAGUGCCAUUUUUUCCCGAGGUGAACAGAGCAGUUGAAAAUCGAAAUAGGAGGUUCAUGUUGCUCGGGCAGGUUCGCGGUCUUGAGAUUCAAAUCUCCGCUAGUCAUACGACAAAUAUUGAUGCAGGACUGCAUACAAGUCACAACUGACAUACACCUCUUUCAUCGACAUAGCAAAAGAAAUGCAUCGUGCUUUGUUUGUCUCGGAAAUCCUCGCGGAGAUCUUUAUUAAUUUGAAUCACCUCCCGACUUCACUGGAAACAUUAGGUUGGACUCAAUCAGUGACACGCAAAUCCCUUGCAUCGCUCGCCUUGACAUGCACAACCUUCCACGAGCUUGCGAUGGAUUUGCUUUGGGCCAACAUGCUUGGGAUACGACCACUGUUAGGCUGUGUGACGAGGCUACAUCCACUGAUAUACGAUCCUACGUCCAAGUACUCCUGGUCCCAGUACGCUGAACCAUUAGCCGAGCACGAGUUUCAUCAAUUUAUGCGUCAUUCCGCCCGCGUGCGCAAUAUAACCAUAUCAGCCAACAAUUAUUUUCACCUUCUUACAGCCCUUCCCAUUGAGACAUGCGUAUUCCCAGGAUUGCUGUCGUUAUCCUGGAUGGUUCAAUGCACGAAUAAAGGAGACCUGCGCUUUUUCCUGCCCCCAACGCUGCGCCGUUGUUAUGUGUCGGAACUCCCAUUAGAUCUGAAAUAUAUCGGGGCACACUGUGCUGAUGUCGAGGAUUUUACCAUCCUGGAGGAUAGCGACAGGACGCAACUGUCUGAAACCAUUCGUUCAUGCAAGAAACUCAGACGUCUGCGAUGUCCGCCAUUCGAUUCGGCAGCAUGGAUGCACCUCUCCACCAUCCCCACCCUUGUCGAGGUGAAGAUUCUCACAGCGCGCAUGAAUCAUCAUCCCUUGGACAACCUCAAUUUUGCGACCUUCCUCAACCUCAAGACUCUUUCGCUCUGUGGAAUAGAAGUGGCAGCCGCUGUCGCAAUAGUACAACAUUUCAAAUUCCCUUCGCUAAAGGAGUUUGAAAUGCAUGUCCGUGUUUUACCUUGGGCAGAGGCUGAGCAGUUUUUUUGUGCACUCUCACAGUGCAAAGCAUCCCAGACCCUUGAACACAUCAACAUCUCUUCCCGCAAUAGAAUUCAGGAUCACACUAGUGACUCGUCGACAGCAGUCAGACAGUUUCUUUGCUUCAAGCAACUGCGAACGCUGAGGCUAUCUACUCAUCGCUCCAUCUACCUCGAUAAUGACCUGCUCUUUGAGGCCAUGUCAAGUUGGCCGCACAUUCACUCCCUAUCAUUAGUGAACUGGCAUCUUUAUCCAACUACCCUUACAUUCCGCGGGUUGUUCGCGGCGCUUCGUCUAUGCCCGAACCUGCAGGACCUGCAAGUAUCGAUCGAUGCUCGGAAUAUCGACAUAGAGCCUGAAGCUGAGUCAUUCCAGCAUACUUCCCUGAAAAAUUUGAUUGUGGGCUCGUGUGAGCUGGAGGCCGUAGAUGUUGAAGCUGUUGCUCGCAUCGUUUUCUGCAUGCUUCCUGCCGUCGACCAAGUUAUGUGUGCAAGCGGCAGCGUCCCACAAUUGUGGCACAAAGUCAACAGGCAUCUCGAAUUCCUUAGAAGAAGCAAACCGUUCUCGGCGCCUGCCCGCUGUAUUGCAGGCGCACCAGACCUGACAUGAGGAAGUCGGACCUGGAAUGAAGUAAGAUGGGUCAUCAAGAUAUGUAUCCGAGCUGUACUCGAUUUUUCGAGGGGCUUAGAAUGGAAUAUGUGGAACAUUUGUACUCUGUGUGUAUUUUCGACAUCUGUAUGAUCUAAUUAAAUACUUUCAACGCCGCCGG